AUGACUUUUUCCCUUCCAAUUGGACCACUUGGGAUCCCCCAAUUGGGAUUUGGUACUGGUACCUACUACUAUAAGGGUGCUGACACUCUCACUUUUAAUCAGUCGUUGGUCGACAUGCUUGUAGAAGCUGUUCACCAAGGUUUCAUUCAUAUCGACACUGCUGAAUCCUACGGAGUCUACCCUGAAGUGGCUGCUGCUUUGAAGCAAUUGUUGACUGAAAUGGACAGGUCGUCUAUAUUUAUCACUGACAAAUAUUCCGGCUCACCUUCAAAAGGUAUAUCAAAGAAUGGCACUCCAUACGAACACUUGAAGAAGAUUUUGAAUAAAUUAGGAACAGAUUAUGUAGAUCUCUACUUAAUUCAUUCUCCUUUCAUCACCAAUGAAAAGAUCGGCUUCACCUUGGCGGAAAUCUGGAAAUCUAUGGAAAAAUGCCUAGACGAAGGUUUUGCAAAGCGAAUCGGUGUUUCCAACUUUGCCGUUUCAGAUCUCCAAGACAUUCUUCAAACGGCCGGGCACAAGCCCCUAGUUAACCAAAUUGAGUUCAAUGCAUUCUUACAGAAUCAAACUCCGGGCAUUUUCCAAUUUUGCAAGUCCCACGAAAUUACUUUGGAGGCUUAUUCUCCUUUGGCUCCUUUGACCAAAGUGGAUCAUUCCUCCGGUGUAGGCGAGCAGAUGGACCUAUUUUUAGGUCAAUUGGCUGAAAAAUACGAUAAAACUAAAACGCAAAUUCUGUUGAGAUGGGUUCUACAGCUCGGCGUCGUUCCUAUCUCAACGACCUCUAAGCGAUCCCGUCUCCAAGAAUGGAAAGGUGUUUUCGAUUUCCAGCUUGAACAAGCUGAAGUUGAUACAGUAACUUCCAUUGGUCAAUCCUACAAACCUCGACUCCGUCUCUACAUGAGAUCCCAGUACUCUAAGUAUGAUUAG